AUGGCUACCGCUAGUACCUCUCCUCUCUUUGAGCCCUACAGACUUGGUGAUAUCGGCACUAUCAACCAUCGUGUUGCUCUCGCGCCACUCACGCGCGUGCGUAACGAUGAGGACUUCGCCCCGAAGGAUAUGGCCGUUGAGUACUAUGCUCAACGAGCGAGCACACCUGGUACACUCCUAUUCACAGAGGGUACCGUAGUUGGGCCGCAGGCGUACGGAAUCAGAGGGACUCCGGGGAUCUGGAGCGAUAAGCAGGUUGAAGCUUGGAAGAAGGUUACAGACGCUGUCCAUGCUCAUUGCUCGUUCAUCGUCGUUCAGCUUUGGUCCACAGGACCCGCAGCAGACCCGGCUCUUCUCGAGCGCCUGGGUUAUCCGUACACGAAUGCCUCCGCUUGGCACUCCAACCCUUCCUCUCGACUCCCGCGCGAGAUGACUAUACCGGAGAUCAGAGAGCAUGUCGCUCUGUACGCGAACGCUGCUAAGAAUGCCGUCGAGCGCGCAGGGUUUGAUGGCGUAGAACUACACCUCGGCAAUGGAUAUCUCAUGGACAACUUCAUACAGACCAUCUCCAAUAAGCGCACGGACGAGUACGGUGGGAGCGUCGAGAACCGGAUUCGCUUUCCGCUGGAAGCGCUCGCGGCGAUAGUGGAGGCAGUUGGCCAGGAGCGCGUCGGGAUCUUCAUCAGUCCAUUCGCGUUGUACCAAGGUAUGCGCAUGCCCGAGCCGGACAUUGUCGAGACGUUUUCCGCGCUGCUUAGUCGCGUCCGCGACGCGUACCCCCACCUGGCCUUCGUUCACGUCCGCAAAGACCUCGGAGGAGCAAUCGAUCCCGAAACUGCCAAACGGUACUCGCGCGAUUCCGACGACUACCUCCGCGCGAUCUGGAAGUCGGGGAUUGACGCCGACAGGCGCGCGUACAUCGUGGGAGGCGGCUUCGACCGCGAGAGCGCUCUGAGGCACGCAGAAGCGGGUGACCUUAUCGCCUUCGGGCGGGCGUUUUUGGCGAAUCCCGACCUGCCGCGGAGGUUGUUGAACGACUGGCCACUCACUCAGGGCAACCGCGCCACAUACUACACCAACGGAGAGGCCGGAUACACCGACUAUCCUUUCUAUGAAGAUAGCAGCGCGAAGGAUGUCGGCUGA